GCACACAGACUUCUUGAAAUCAGUAAGAAGCAGCAAUUAAAAGCUGACCUGACAGUCCUCAUGGCACUCUGCGAUAAAACAGAGAAUGACAUUCGAUCAUGUCUCUCUGUUCUCCAGUUUGUCAGGAGCACAAAAAAAGACCUUAGACUGAAUGAUAUUGAUAGUACUGCUGUUGGACAGAAGGACUACCAGCGCUCGCUGUUUAAUGUUUGGCGGGAUAUAUUUUCUAUACCCAGACCCAAAAAGAAGAGACGGGGAAACCCUCAUGAGCUCCAACAUGAUGAUGGUGUUCUCAUAGAUAUGCCAGACUUAAACACAGAUCUUGAUAAUUUUGGUGAGCAAACUACCUUGGCUUACAGAUUUCAGCUUAUAUUAAGAACAGCUCAGUCAUGUGGGGAGUAUGACAAACUUACUCAAGGAUGGUUUGAAAACUAUCCUGCCAUUAAAUUUAAACACACCAACAUAGAGCCAGUUUCCAUGGGACUUGAAUGGGCAGUAUUUACAGACUUGCUGCAAAAGGAAAUAAUGCACAGCCAAUCGUGGAUCAUGAUGGCCUUCCUACCGUAUGCCUGUGUGUCAUACCAUCUUCUCUUUGCUACUCACCAUUGGCCUAAAAUACAGUUUCCUAAUCAAAUGCAUGAGACAAAUCAGAAAUUUCUGAAGAAUCAGAAUCUGCAGUCAGCCAUGGUAAACGAAAUGAGUCCACUAACACGGGUGUUUGUGGGAGCACGUUCACUCGUGGAAGAUAUUCUUCCCUAUUUACUGCUUAUUACGCAACCCAAUCUUCGUCCGGUGAAUACGCAGCUGUACAGUAAACAAGAAAAAGAAGACUUGGCAGGACUGAUCAACACUAUGAUAAGUUACAACCUCACCUACACUCAAGAAAGGAACCUGGAGGGACAGUACUCUUACCUCUUGGAUCCGAACAUGGAAGAACUUGUUUAUUUUCCAGAUAUUAAACCAUCUAAGCAACUUUCAUAUCCUAUUCGACAAUUGAUUUCCCGUGAAAUUGAAUUGGAGAAAGUUCGUAGAGCUGAGGCAUACUUCUUGAAUCAGAAGCUGAAUGAAGAUAGCAAAUCUGCUGCAAAACCUCCAGCCUUAGAAAAGAUGAUUACAAGCAAUAAUUCAGCUGAAAAACAUGCAGAAGUCACCAAAUCUUCCAGUAAUUCGCUGCCAAAUCAUCUUCAGAAGUUGCAAGCAAAACCAGUUUCUGAAAUUACUAGCCCAAAGGGAAGCAGUAAGGCGACAUCUGCAGAAGUUGCACAAGCUCCAAGAGACUUUUUUGGCCGAAUUAUUAAUCAGCCAGUUGACCAGCAAGUAAAAAAUUCUACGAAUGAGAUUGUCAAGAGUGACAUUUGGUUCCGGUUUAAGGAGGGCUAUAGUAAUGCUGUAAGAAAACCCAUAAAGAUGAGUGAUCUAGCUUAGUCUCUUAAGUUGUUUCAAGAUUACUGAAAGGAACUUUAACCUUUUUUUUUUAUUUAAAUGGUGUUAAAUGCUAGUAUAGUAUUAAAAGUUUUGUAAAUUUAUAUGAUAAUAAAAGUUUAUUAUA